AUGACUGAUAUUGAAGAGGCGAAGGCACUGGUCGCCGCUGCUAAGCUCAAGUCCGCGGAACUUAACAAGGCUAGAGUGGCCAGCCCCUCGAGAAAUCAGUACAAGCUCGACCCGAACACGAAAUUCACCAAACGACAAGCCGAGGGCUCUGGUGAUGCACCACCAUUAUUGAAUAUCACGGAAGACAUCCGCGCUGCUGCCGCACUGGUUGCUGAAUUGGACGCCUAUGAUGGGACGACAAACGGUAACCAAUCAACUGUUGACAAGCGACAGUCUGGCUCCUGGUGGAUGGGCAAUUUGGCCCAUUCUGGCGGGUGGCCAUGGGGCAGUAAUCCCUCAGACUUCAAAGUGUAUCGGAAUGUGAAGGACCCUAAGUACGGUGCCAAAGGAGAUGGCAAAACUGAUGACACUCAAGCCAUCAUCAACGCCGUCAAAGACUCCAAGGCCUGUGGGCCUGCUUGCUAUAGCUCGACCACCAAAGGCGCUAUCAUCUACUUUCCUCCCGGAACUUACCUUGUCAGCAGCACGAUUGAGACUUACUAUGGAACUCAGUUCAUCGGUGAUGCCAUAAACCGCCCAAUCAUCAAGGCCUCUGCUUCUUUUGUCGGGCUGGGUGUCAUUAGCACUAACCAUUACGUUCCGGAUGGAGGUACAGGAUCAGACGGUAACGCGAAGGAGUGGUUUAUCAAUACCGCAAACUUCUAUCGACAGAUCAGGAACUUCAUUAUAGACAUUACUGCUACUGACCAAGGGGCAUAUGUGGCCGCGCUUCAUUAUCAGGUUGCUCAGGCGACCAGUCUGCAAUUCGUCGAAUUCCGGUGCACCCAAUCGACCACCACCACUCAGCAAGCCAUCUAUGCUGAAAAUGGUAGCGGGGGCUUUAUGAGCGACCUUCUGUUCAAUGGUGGCGCAUUCGGUAUUUACGGAGGAAACCAACAAUUCACCAGCCAGAGGCUGACAUUCAAGAACGUACGGACGGCGGUCCAACUUAUUUGGGACUGGGGCUGGGUAUGGAAGAGCAUUCGUAUAGAGAAUUGCGGCAUCGGCUUCAAACUCAUGGGAGAAGACCAGACCCAUAACACCGGUUCUCUCGCAGUGGUGGAUUCUAUCUUCAAGUCAACUACAACAGCCAUCCAGACCUACCCGUUCACGAACAAGACUGGAGACGCAACGACAGGAAUCACCCUUGACAAUGUCAGGUUCGACGGCGUCACAAAUGGCGUAUGGGAUGGGUCCAAGUCUUACCUCGGCGCCUCUCAGAAUAUUGACACUUGGGUCCAAGGCCGAGUUUACUCUGGAAAUACACAGAACAAGGCACUUGGGGCGCCUUACGACACCCCAAGAGAUAAGACGCUCGUCGGCACCAAUCCUGAUGGACUUCCCAAGGCUCCUUUCUUUGAGAAGGCAAAGCCACAGUACGUGGAUGUUGCUGCGAGCUCCUUCAUCCAUAUGCGAGGUCCCUCAAGCUGCAAAGGUGAUGGGGUGACAGACGACACGACGUGUUUCCAGAACAUACUCAAUUCUGCUGGCAGCGGUUCUGUGGUCUACAUCGAUGCCGGAACCUAUAUGAUCAGCAACACUAUCACCGUGCCCCCGAAUAUCAGAAUCGUCGGCGAGGUCUGGUCCCAGAUUGCCGCUUUUGGUCCCACUUUCGGAAAUGUCAAGCAGCCGAAGCCGUUGUUUCGCGUCGGAAAGCCGGGCGAUGUCGGCAAUAUCGAGAUGCAAGAUCUUCUUUUCACCAGCAAGGGCAAUACGCCUGGCCUGGUAUUCGUCGAAUGGAACAUCAAAGCGGCAUCACCUGGUUCGGCAGGCAUGUGGGACUGUCACGUCAGGGUUGGAGGAGCCGUUGGCACGAACCUGGAGUCCAAGAACUGUCCUGCGUCCAAAACGGGUACCAAUGCGAAUUGCAACGGCGGCAGCACAAUGAUGCACAUUACCAGCCAGGCUUCUGGAUAUUUUGAAAAUAUGUGGCUGUGGGUUGCUGAUCAUGACCUCGACGAUGCGGACCUGAGCAACGACAACAACUUCAUGACCCAAUUAUCUGUCUAUCUUGGGAGAGGCCUUCUCGUGGAAAGCACCAAUCCCGUCUGGCUGUACGGCACCGCCAGCGAGCACGCGGUCAUGUAUCAAUACCAGUUCAGCAAGGCUCGCCACGUCUAUGCCAGCAUGAUCCAGACCGAGUCGCCCUACUACCAACCCAACCCGAAACCCCCUGCGCCGGUACAGGACUCCGUCGGUGUCUACGCAAGCGACCCCGACUACACCUGCAGCAGCAGCAAGUCUGUUGGAUGCGAUGCAUCAUGGGCGCUUCGGGUGGUCGGUAGCAACAGUAUCACAAUCCAUGGGGCUGGGCUCUAUUCUUGGUUCACCACUUAUACACAAGAGUGUGUUGACACGGUCAAUUGCCAACAGAACCUGAUACAAUUCAAGGACAACACCGGGAACGUCUUGAUCCAUAACUUGGUAACAAUAGGGUCAGUCAAUAUGAUCGAAACGGACGGCAAACUCAUCACAGCCAAAGACAACCUCGCUGUCAAUUUCCACCCCUACUGGAGUCAAAUCGCAGUUUACGAUGCCCGUCAGGUGUCACCUGGGAUCUGUCAGAACAUCGACGAUAAGACCUGGAUCAAUCCAGAUUUGCCGACGGGUGACUGGCAGACUUUACGAAUCAUGGAUGAUGAAGAGCAGCUAGUUUACUUUACCAUCGUCAACGGCAGCCCUUACGACUUUGUCUACACCGGAGGAAACGACUAUCAAAUGGAGACCGACUGGAGCAAAGACUGGGUUACUAUUCCCGCGGGCGAGUCUGCACAGUUCCUGGUCCAGAUGCAGGACAUGACGCCAAGCAACAAGAAGUCCGAUACGGCCGGUGAAGCAUAUUUUACAAUCGACAAGACAGGCAAAAAGUUCCAUAUUACAGACGAUUGGAUCGAAAGCAAAGGCAUGCUACGAAAUCGUGUCCAGUAUGAUACGAUAGGCACCAAUGACGUCGCGGCUGGCACAAUCAUCGAUCUGGACUGGCCCUCGCUCGAUUAUGAUCGAGGGCUCACCAACCAAUGGGUCCUCACUGGAUCCGAGGACUAUGGGUACUGGUCAUCCUCCAAUCCACCUGUGGCCUGGAUGAAUUCCAUCAUAGGGGUGAUUGGCGACCGUAAACUGAAGCAUGUCUGCAUGCCUGGCUCGCACGACGCAGGCAUGAGUAAAAUUGAUGGGCACACAGGAUCAGGGAGCUGGCAGAACACACAGACGCAGUUCCUUGAUCUCUAUGGUCAGAUGAAGCGUGGGUCCCGCUGGUUUGACAUACGCCCAUGUCUUGGUAACGGCGGCCAGCAGCUCCUGUGCCACUACUCAGAGGUGCUGGGCAUAAGCCAAGGCGGCAAUGGGAUCAAGGUGUCCGAAGCCAUCGAAAUGAUCAAUCGUUUCAUGGCAGACUACCCCGGCGAGCUGGUCAUCCUAGAUCUGAACACGGACUGUGCCUACAAUUCGGACGCAGGCUCCAAGUCCUAUCCUCGUCUGUCAGAUGUGCAGUGGAAGCCAAUCUGGCAAGCUUUCCGGGACAAGAUAGCCAAGCCAUGCAAGAGUACUGCUUCGGACCUGACAGAGGUCACCAUGAACGACUACAUUGGCGACGGUGUGGGUUGUGUCAUGACUAUUGCUAGAGGCAGCAUUCCGGGCUUGACCACCGCUGACACCAGUCCGUCCAAGGGAUUCUAUCACCAGAACUCAUUCCCAAGUAAAGGCGACUUCUCCUCUACCGACGACAUGCAGACUCUUGCGGAGGAUCAGGUUGCGAAAAUGACCCUGAACCGUGCCCUGAAAGGCAGCGGCGCAGAUGGUAAUCAGGACACUUUCUUUGUGCUCCACUGGGAAACAACAAUCAGCUUCGACACCCUCGAUAUUCCCCUUUCGGCGCUGGCUGCGCAGGCCCAGAGCUCGCUUUUCUGGUAUGCAUAUCACAUGUUCACGCCGUACUCUUUCCCCAAUGUCAUAUAUGUGGACAUGCUGGGCGCGCCAUUCCGACUGCCAGACGGCAAGACGCAGGAUGAAUACAUGGCCAUGACACAAGGCCACAUGACAGCCCUCGCUAUGGCUGUUAACCUAUACAUCGCCAGCGAGAAUUGCAACCUAGGCGGAGGCAAGAUUCAUUCAUAG